AUGGCUACAGCUGAAGCAAAGGCCAAUUGCAAUCGUUCCUUCCAAGAAGAUGCUAGGGGAGCUCCAAAUUUAUCUCGCGGCCCAUCAUCUUCAUCAAAGUCAGAAUCUGAUGGUAGUCCUGGUAAUGCAGCGAAUAGUAAAGAUAUUCCUGUCCAAGGUUGCAUACGUUAUAACCAGAAUUUCUCAAGUCCGGAUCUGCUACCUGACACAAAGUGGUGGUUACACCGGCACACUAACCUUGAGCACCUGAAAGACAAUUCACAUGAACAGUUAAAUGCCGUGGAGUCAGAGCUCGAAGUUUUGAGUUCGGGGUUUGUCAGUCAAAGCUUGAAGUUUGGCGGGGAGAGACAAUUUAUUACAGAAUACUGUCCUCCAAAUGGUUCUAAGAUUGUUGCUGGCUCAUGUGACCAACCAUGGAACAUCUUUCCAACUAAUUUGACAAUUGAGCAGGAUAGUGGAAUGAGUGAACUUAAAGAUGUAAUUGUUAACCCGCAAAAAACAUCCACGACUAAGGUCAUGGGAGAGUUAUGGGAUGCAGAUGAUAAUCUGAUGGACUUGGAUUCUUCUGACUGCAUUGUUACUAAACAACCCGAAAAACUUUCUUCUGAUUUAGAAUCCCACUGGGUUGAAGUUCAGAAAACCGAACCAUGGUGGCGUACAGUUGACAAAGAUGAGUUGCCUUCCUUGGUUUCUUACAAGUCACUUGAGAGUAUUGAGAAUUGUGAUCUUCCCCGACCUCAGGCAAAGCAUUUGGGGAAGGCGCCUUCUGCUUUUACACAGUGUUGUGUCCAAGACAAAGUUGUUAAUUCUUCAUAUCGGAUGGCAGAGAAAGAGAUUUCCAAUGUGGCUGAUAGUGCACAAGGAACUGCCGCCUCUGUAAGUACAGUUGGAACACAAGGCUCUGUGGGUGCUGAAGGGUUUUCACAACACAGUUCAGACAGACCACUGAGGUUCACUUUCAGCAACAAAGAUAGUUUUUCGUCAACUAAGGAGGAUGAGUCGGAAACGCAGCACAGACAUAAUAGUGAUCUUAGCAAAGCUGAGUUGUUAGAAGCACUCUGCCAUUCUCAAACAAGAGCAAGGGAGGCUGAGAAGGCGGCACAGCAAGCGUAUGAUGAGAAGGAGCACAUCAUCAAGCUCUUUUUUAGGCAGGCCUCACACCUCUUUGCUUACAAGCAGUGGAUCCAUAUACUCCAACUAGAGACCUUAUGCCUCCACCUUAGGAACAAUAAUCAGCCAAUUUCCACUCUCUUUCCCAAUUUGUUGCCACGGGUCCCACGCAAGGGCAGGCAACUGAGGAAAGGCCGGAACAGGGCUGCAAAGAAGAGACAGCCACCAAGACACAAGCUAAACAAGUCUGCUGUUGCUUUUUCGGUGGGUUUGAGUCUUGCUGGUGCUGGUUUGCUACUUGGUUGGACCAUGGGGUGGUUAUUUCCUGCUCUAUAAACAAUGCACUCUGUCCAUAUUGGACAAUAUGGUAUGGCUUUGUAUGUUAGUUACUUAGUAUGCUUGUUGGGCUGAGUGAUUUGCUGUGAAAAUUUGGCUAUUCAAGUUCUAUUUCUGUACUGUAAAUAGGUACACGUUUAGAUUUCUACAUUGUGUUAUGAGAUGUAAAUAUGGGUAUAUUGCACUAAUUCCUAUUGACAUCAAGCUUUAAGAGAUAUGUAUAUAAUGGUAGGUACUCUGAGGAGAUGUUUUAGUUGGUUAAUGUGGUCAAAGCCAUCAUGUUAAGGUUGAUUUGGUAGAAAGGAACCCAUCCAACUACCCUUAUAUUUCAAGUUGAAGAAAG